GCCGGUGUGCAAGGGAGUCGUGGUCGUGGAACAAACCGGGACGCAACAGUCGCUCACCAGACUUCGUACUGGAACCAUCGUGGAAGGUAUCAUUUCGCUCUUUCGUGACAUUUCAUGAUUCAAGCCUGGGAUACCUGUUACGAACCUCAUCAAACGGAACGAUAUCUUGAUAGAGUUAAGCUGUCCGGGCAUCCGAGGUAUUUAUAAGGUAGAGCACCGGAAGUUGAGCGUUCUAACGGACGGCGUUCCGCCACAUCUCGAUGUAACAUACGUAAAAGUGGACUAAUAAAAAUGGAAAUUAAAGGAGGGUCAUCGGCAUAAUAGACGACCAUAGGUCGUCAAUCUUGAAUCGUUUGUACCUGCUUUUAAGAGAAACUUUAUAAUAUAUAUAAAAUGUCGAUCACGGCGUCCACGGAGAGAAUGGACACAACCAAGGACCUGCCCAAGAAGAAGUUUAUUAACAUCAAUCUUCUCUCGUUGAAGCUACUGUUAUUCCUCUUUUUUGGAGGAAUGGGAUGUCUCUUCCCUUUUCUUCCUUUACACAUGACUGAAAUGGGAUUGAGCAUCGACCAGAUCCGAAUGAUCUCAAUAAUCUCGCCAGCAGUCGCGAUAUUAGGGCCUCUGUUUGCCGCUCCAAUCGCAGAUAAGUUAGCAGGUCAUCAAGGAAGAGGCGACAAAACUUCAACUGGUCGUUACCUCAGGGUGAUGAUUGCCAUUGCCUGCUUCCUCUCUGCCAUUUUCUAUGCUUUUCUUCUAUUGAUUCCUACAGCUGAUCGCAUUGAACCUCCAAGAGAAAGAAAACCUGAUCUAAAGUUUAGCUGCGAUCAAACAGGAGCGGUGGUGUUGCAAGAAAGAUGCAAAGAUGAUAUUUCUUGCCACAGAUGGUCUGACGAAACCAGAGUUGGCCCAUUGCUUCUGGAAGGAUGCAAUUAUGCUUGUUACCCUAUAGGAUCAAAACGAUGGGAUUCCGACGAUAACGAUGGUUCCACUACUUCUGGAACGACCAAUUCCGAUGUUAUUGUUCUAGAUGGCAGUGGCGAAACAACGGUGAUUCCUCUCGAGAGUGAAAUAUACGCCCAGCUAAAUGUGCAGGAACAAGAAGAAACGAAAAAAACGCGAAGAUUCACCAUGCCUGAAAGCGAACCACCUCAUUUAUGUUUUAAAGAGGGUGAUAGUGUUGUUUGUCAUGUUUACACCAAAUAUUCAGGCAAUUUAGCUAUAAAUGCUACUCUGAAACAAGCCUUGAACAAUGAAAGUGAUCGAGAUUGGUGUGCAUAUCCUCUGGCUGAGUACUUUGCUUGUCGUAUACCUCCUGAACUUGAAACCAGAAUGGCAGAAGUUUAUCAGAGUUGUUCCAUUGAAUGUAGCUUAGCUGAUCCAUACACUCUUCCAGAUAGCGUCCUCAUAGAGAGCCAAUGCCAACAGACAGAAGAUUGGACCCACCUAGUAUUCUGGACAUAUUUAGCUAUUCGAUCAGCUGCAGACAUUUUCCCAACAACGGCUGUAGCUCUGAUCGAUGCAGCAGUUGUAAUAGCCACCAGAGAAACAUCCUGUGGACGCGGAGACGUAGGACGACAGUUGGCCUUCGGUUCGCUUGGCUUUGCCAUCUUCGGUCCUCUAACCGGCUAUUUAUGCACUCUUAUAGAAAAUUUGAACUCUUUCUAUUAUUUGCCAAUCGGUAUACACGUGGUUAUGAUGCUUUUGGCAGCCUUGGUAGCUCUUUGUGCGAACGGGAUGCCUCUCAGUCCACCGGAAUGGUGGUGGCAUACUAGAAGUGGCAUGUUAGCACUUCCCAUGAGCGCCAUCAAGAGAUACGGUAGUGAAACUGUCGCUCUAGUAAUUGUACUGAUCAUUAUGGGGACUUUCUGGAGCGCCAUGGAUAGUUAUCUACCUUUACAUCUACAAAAGUUAGGAGCUGACGAACUUCCCAUUAGUGUAGCUAUGACAGUCGGAGCUGUUCCAGCGUUUCUAUUUCUUUGGAAAUCUGAACAUUUAGUUGACUACUGUGGUCACAGUAACCUUCUCAUCACUGCCUUCACUGUGUAUAUUAUUAGGUUUACUGGUUUAAGCCUCGUAGCAGAACCUUGGUGGUCUCUAAUUUUCGAGGCUCUUGAAGUAUUCACGCUAGGUAUCAUGUGGGUUACUGCCAUUCUUUACCUACGACAUCUCGUCCCGCGUCACUUGACUGUGACUGCUCAAGCAUUACCUGUGAUUGCGCAUUUCUGCGUUGGUCGAUGCAUCGGAGCCGUGGUUGGUGCUUACAUCAACGUCAACGAGUCUGACAUCGUUGGCUCGUUAAGAUUCGUUUACCGUUGUAUGGCCGUCGCUGCUGCGGCUGUUGCCGGUUUAUACUUCGUCCUAUAUCACGGCCUAUUAAAACCGCGAUGUCAUGCACACACCAUACAAGGCCCACGACAACCCCCCACUAUCGUACAGGCUGCUAUUAAGGAAUAUGAAUUAACGAUGAAUGGAAAUGGAAAUUACACACCACUCAGGGUUUAUCACAACGGUAUGGGUAGAAAAGGUCAAUUCCGCUAUUGAAGAGUUAAAGAAUGAGGAAAAAGAGUGUUUAACGACACUAUAAAUGUCAUGUUACGGUGCUAGUGAUUAGACUGUCGUUGUUGUUGCAAUUAAAAACAAAAGAUUGUCAUUGUUAUACGACAUAUGUAUGGAAAGUGCGUUUAUCAGUGCUCAGCCUUUAACAUUUCUUUACUUUCUAUCCAAACUCUUACGACGAAAUUGUCAACUCUUUGAUACUAUCAUUAAUUUUCUUUUAUACAAGCAAUUUCUAAGAAUUAAUUUGCUCAAGUGUACUUCAAAAUGUCGAAGCGAGAUUUUACAUUUGUCAAUACCAAAAUGAAAUUAGAGAAUUAGAAGGUAGAAGUACUCAGAUUAUGAGUGAAGCAUUUUGAAAUCACAUUUGCUUUAGUUAUCUUCUUAAUUUUUAUACAUUUAUAAUUGUACGAUUACAAUUUCUUUU